CAGAUAACUGGAGAGCAUCGACCUGCAGUCGCAGAUCUAAGGGGAAAAAAACCGGGGAAUUCCGAAUUAUUUACUUUUUUAUCGGACGACAGCCUUUACGGACUUAUUUAUCGAACCUGUUUCGCAGAACAGAAGCACAACAACAGUUUUAUUUUCUCCCUCGCCAAUAUUCUUGGAUUGAUAGGCACUGGUAUCUUGUUUUCAGAAACAUGCUUAACAAUAUGGAUUUGAACUCUCAAGACUCUUUUUACCCUCAGUUUGAGAAUUGUAACAGCUCCGCUAUUGGGAUGGAAACUAACGGUGCGAAAGACAACCAGAAUAUCUUCAGGGAUGCAGAACGGACAGCACCUGCCCAGUUUCAGCACGAAACAACAGUUACUCCCAAAAGCGAGCCCACAAACGCGGACCAGUACGCUGCCUGUCACGGCCCUAAAGGAAGCUACGACACCUCGUUAGCCUACUCGGGCAGUUUCUACGUCGAGGCCCCUCAGGGAGCUCCUUGCAGCACGGAAACACUGCUCAAUAUGAUCACCGAGAUCGUCGGCAUCUCAACCACCCCAAUUUCCGAAGUGCAGCAGAACACAGCCAGUGCCCCGUACGCCAGCCCCCCCUCGGCGGACAGCGGUCGCGGCAGCUUCGGCGACGCAGGGGUCCAGGGACGGGCCUCCGCCUGCUCGAUCGGCAGUGCCACCCCUCCGCUGUAUUCCCCCGGUCGGCAAGGCGGCAGUUACCAAGACGCGCAGGCCCCGACGCAGGCGCAGGAGUCCGUCCCAGCGCAUAUGGACUUUGGCUCUCCUGCCCAAACUUCCGCCGAGCGUACAGAGCCGCUGUCCGAGGCCGCGACGUUUCCCGUGGUUGUGAAAAACGAAUUCGAGAGUAGUUGUUACGAGUGGAGCGCGUUCAACAAAUCCGAGAGCUACUUAGAUACGGGCUUCCGCUCAGAGACCUUCCCAAUGUCGAGUGAUUUUCCACCCGAUCAGCAGAUGGACGUGAAAGAGCUUCUGGACUCGUUUUCUCCGAUGUGUCCCAACCCUGAGAUGGAGUUCAAAGUGGAAAGCGGUGCCAUUAAACAGGAGCAGAGCUUUGGGGAAACCUGCAACCAGAGUUUCAGCACGCCCAUGUUCAACUAUCCCGCCCCGGUUAUGGAUAUGUCGUCGAACAACCUUUUGAAACCAGCUAUAUUCCCAAACAUUGAGUUCCAGCCAAUAUCCGGCCAGUGCGACGCAACGUACUCCACCUCGACCAUCGAUUCCAUUCUGUACUCGUCUUUACUGCCAGAAUCUUUCAGUCAAACUUACACCCGGGCCCAAAAGCCGGCUCGUGCGAAGAAGAGCGCCGCCUCAUCCACCGGACCUGCCAAAGAGAAACCUUUCACCUGUCCGAUGGAGAACUGCGACAGGCGCUUCUCCAGGUCGGAUGAGCUCAACAGGCACAUCCGCAUCCACACGGGCCACAAGCCCUUCCAGUGUCGCAUCUGUCUGCGCAGCUUCAGCCGAAGCGACCACUUGACCACCCACACGCGGACUCACACGGGCGAGAAGCCGUUUUCCUGCGACGUGUGCGGCAAGCGUUUCGCCCGGAGCGACGAGAGGAAACGGCACGGCCGCGUGCACCUCAAGCAGAAAGAGAAGAUGGAGCUGAAGCCGCAGGUGAUAAGCGCGUGGCCGUUCGCCCUGCCCGAGGCUAUCUGAGUGACGCGCGCGAGGCAAAAUGCGCUUUCGGUGUGCACGGCGUCAAAUUUCGGAAGACGUGAGCUUUGUAAAAACAGUUGAUUAGGCUAUCGACCACAAGUGCUGCGUGGCGGCUUGCUAGGAGCUCCUGCUCGGAGAGGACCCACUGGGCUGUUGUUGGAGGGCACGUGUCCAUAUAGCAGCGUGCUUUGAAGGGUGCCGAAUUUUGAAAGGGGGUCGUUCCUCCCAAACCCUUGGUGCCGCUUGCUCUCUGUGCAGCAACUGCAUAAACCGGUUAUAUUAAAAAAAAAAUUUAAUAAUAAUAAAAUAUCGUCAAAUUGUUCGGUCGGGGGAGCGUGCGGAGCCCGUGCAGUGUUCUGAAAUGCGGUUCAGCACUUUUACUACGGAACAGCUCCGACCUCGAUUUUUGAAUUUUUAUUGCGGUACAAACGCAGCGCUGGAAUGUAUUGCACUUAUCUCCACUUUCGAACUAAGAGUCUUUUAAUUCCAAACUAAGAGUCUUUUAAUUCGUGCUUUUGAGUCUUUUAUAUUCUAACGUGGCCACCUGUUUGAUAUUUCUUUGGAAAUGCAUGUUUAUGUUCACGUAAUACUAUUAAUAAGCUAAUCGAAUAAUUGACGCCUCACUGCAGAAGUGAGACUUACCUCGUCUUACAUCAUGGUGUUGGCAUAAACCUUGGUCACACCGCGACUUGUGGUUCAUUUGUGCCAAGGUUUUUUAUAAUGUUAUUUAAUUUUAUGUGUUUAUUUUAUUUUUGUUGCUAUGCUAUUGAAUGGUAAUUGUGUUGUUUAUCAAGGAAUUUAUCCUAUCAAUGUCAAACUUACACCGUAAGUGGAAAAAUAAAUAUAUUUAUAUGACUAUGAUCAUUUGUAUUUUUCUAACCGUUUACCUAUAUUUCCAUGGUUUCUGAUUUGGAUAUCGAAAAUGAAAUUGAAAAUUUAUUUAUAAACUUACUCACAAUGUUUCCUGUGUGUGUUAAAGACAAGCUAGACCUCUUGAAGAGAUGUGAUGGACUCUGAGUCCAGGUGUAAGGGCGAACAACUCUGAGUGUGCUGAAGCAGAAGUUUACAUCGUCUGACAUGAUCAAGUGUCAGACACCAGGCGCUCGAAUGUUAUGUCAAUCAAAACCUGUGUGUCACUGUUUGACAUUUCUAGCCUUUGAUCCCAGUAUAUGUAUGUAUAUAAAUUAAUGAACUAUAAAUCAUCUAGCUCACAUGGCUCGUGUAAUUUGUAAUGUGAUGAAGACUAGACUAGCACAAGGCUAAACAUUGCUGUUGAGUAACUAGGUAGCACACAUUGCUGCAUUUUUUUUCAGUAGUUAUUUUACAUGGAAGUAUAAGAAUCUUACAACAGUCAUAUCACACUUGUACUUUACUAGGCAGAUUGGUUGAUUGGAAAAUGUUCAUGGGAAACUUGCCUUAAGUUAUUUUUAAUCUCUUCCUCUUCUGGGAGACUCAUUUUGUAUAUACUAGGACAGUUUAUACAAAAUACUUUGAAUGAACAUUGAUGUUUGUUAUUUUUAUGAAAAAUGUUUAUGAAUAAAACUAUUUCCUGAGUCUUUUAAA